CAUCGCAUCCACAUCGCAUCCACAUCGCAUCCACAUCGCAUCCGGCGCCAACCCUCGCUGUCCUGUCUGCCGCUACCAGCCGCAUCCUCUGCCAUGGUCUCGAGUGAAUCCCUGUUUUCAGCAAAGGCCCUCAAGGAUGCCGCCCGCAAGGAUCUUGUCCGGCUUCUUGACUCGGUCCAAGGGAAAAAGUCGCUCGUCAUCGAUCCCAGCGUCAGCGGGCCUCUCAGCCUCAUAGCUGAAUUCAGUCUUCUCAAGGAACAUGGCGUCGACAAGAUCUAUCACUUGCAACCCACGCCUGCCGAUACGGGCGAUGCCCGCUGUCUGAUAUACCUCUGUCGGCCAACCCUCCGCAACAUGCAAUGGAUCGCCUCCCAAGUCCAGCAGAACGCAUCAAACGGCAAACGCAUUGAAUACCAGCUCCUGUUCGUACCCCGGCGCUCCGUCAUCUGCGAAAAGCUUCUUGAGGACGAAGGUGUUCUUGGUGAGAUUCAUAUCGGUGAAUACGAGCUCGACAUUGUCCCGCUGGAUGAAGAUGUGCUCUCACUCGAGGUCGAGUCGGCAUUCAAGGAUAUCUAUGUGGACGGCGACACCUCUUGCAUCUACAGCCUCGCCAGGGCACUGAUGAAGCUGCAGUGCAUGUUCGGACUGAUUCCCCGCAUCGUCGGAAAGGGUGCCAAGGCACAGAUGCUCUUUGAUUUGCUAAUGCGGAUGAGACGCCAACUCACUGCUACUGCGGCCUGGAAGAAUGUUCACGAUCCGUUCCCUUCAUACUGCGAAUUCGACUCGGUCCUGAUUCUGGACCGAUCCGUGGACUUGAUCACGCCCAUGUGCACACAACUGACAUAUGAGGGACUCAUUGACGAGAUCUUUGGAAUUCGCACAACCUUUGCCGAGUUCGAUAGCUCUGUUUUACCGUCGACAGCUGCCCCUAGCACUGGCUCGACGUCAGCAGGGCCCAGCAGUUCCGCCUCUGCGCCUCCCGCACAGGCCCCGACAAAACCCCGCAAAGUUCCUCUCAACAGCACCGACAGCAUCUAUCAGCAAUUGCGAGACUCCAACUUUACCAUCGUCAACGGAACCCUCAGUCAGCUUGCCAAGCGGAUCCAUGGAGACUAUGAGGAGCGCCAUAAGGCUCAAACUGUCACCCAGAUCAAAAACUUUAUUGGCAAGCUCGGGACUCUGCAAGUUGAACACCAGUCCUUGCGGCUGCAUAUCAACGUCGCUGAGAGGAUCACCAAAUACACCCAAGAUGUUCAAUUUAACCGGCGCCUUGAUGCCGAGCAGAGCCUCGUUGCCAACCUCUCACAGGGCAUCCAGCUGGAAUACAUCGAAGAGCUGAUCUGCAAGCAAGCGCCGUUAUCCUUCACCAUCCGGCUGUUGUGCCUCUACUCUUUGGUCAAUGGCGGCGUCAAGCCCAAACAUCUUGAUCACCUGCAGCGUGAGAUUGUCCAGACAUAUGGAAUCGAGCAUCUCCUGACCCUGCAGAACUUGGAAAAGGCCGGCCUGCUCACACGCCUCGAGUCUCAAAAGAACGGAUACCCUUCGAUCCGCAAGUCGCUGAGGCUGAUCGUGGACGACGUCGAUGAGCAAUCGCCCAACGACAUAUCGUUUGUGUACUCUGGAUAUGCCCCCAUCAGCAUCCGGCUGGUGCAAGUGGCCACGACCAAGAGCGUCGGUGCCAGCAGCGCCCCAAUCCACACGGCAACGGGCGUCGCCAGCGCCGUGGCUUCUGCAGCCGUCAGCGUGACGAAAAAUGCGGCCGCUGUGGUCACCGGUGCAAGCAGCAUCACCACCACUACCACCUCCACCACCACAGUCACUCCAGCCACUACUAUCAAUGGUAACCCUGCCCCUUCAGGUGGAAGCGGAAGCGCAAAUGGCAGUGGAAGCGGUCCCUCGCAUGCAGUCCCAGGAACUGCGACUGUCGUCAACCAAACGGUUGGAUGGAAGGGCUGCGACGAACUGAUCCGAGCGGUUCCUGGAGCUACCCUGGAGGAAGUGCAGAUUGCAAAGCCUGGACUGCUGCCAGCGAGACUCAAGAGCCAGCAAAAGAUCACCCUGGUCGUCUUUAUCGGUGGAUGCACUUCCACCGAGAUCUCGGCCUUGCGCUUCCUGGCGCGAAACGACCCAGCUGGUCGGGAAUACGUCGUGCUUACCACCCAUGUCCUUAACGGAACCCGGAUGAUCAGCGAACUCAGCGAGAAAGUUGACAGAUCAUAAUCGGCGGUGACGGUCCUGGAUCUUGGCGGGUGGGGGGCAGAGUCAAACAUGAGAGUCAAACAUGAGAGUCAAACAUGAGUGUCAAAC